CCAAAAACACUUUUUUUUUCUUUCUUUAUUGCUUUUUUUUUCUUAUCAGAUUAUAUCGAAAAACAUAUCCCGUAUCUGUUUCUUUUCCUUUCUAGGUAUUAACUAGGAAAAUUUACCAAGUUCAAUCAUUACAAUUCUGAAUAAUUUACAUAUAACUCCUAAUCGACUGCUAUUAGUUGUUUCAGAUUAAUAAUAUGUAAAAUUAUCUCGCAAUUUCUUGUUUACUAGGGUUUUUUAAGAAAUUUGACAACAUUUUUCAUCAGCUAAACAUUAUGGCAAUGUGUUUCAUCAUAUAUUUAUAAACGUUGCCAGAAGCAAUCUCUCUGUAUUCAUGUAAUCGUGGCUGUUGAAAGGUUAACAACAGAUACGUGAUGGCCAAAACGGAGAUGUCUAGAACUGAACUCAAUGUAAAUCAAGGAGAACCAACACGAGUUCAGCCUGCAAAGGAAACAGAAAAGGGACAUUACUUCCUUUCAAAUCUUGACCAGAACAUUGCUGUUCCAGUGCGCACGGUGUACUGCUUCAAAUCUGCUUUCAGAGGAAACGAGGAUGCUGCACAAAUUAUCAAGGAUUCCUUGUCGAAGAUUCUUGUCCCUUAUUACCCGAUGGCAGGCACGCUGUCUAUAAGCUCGGAAGGGAAGUUGAUAGUGCAUAAUCCUGGGGAGGGUGCAUUGUUUGUGGAGGCUGAAGCAAAUUGUGACAUCGAAGAGAUAGGAGACUUGACGAAACCAGAUCCUCAUACUCUUGGGAAACUGGUUUACAAUGUUCCUGGUGCUCGAAACAUUCUUGAGAUGCCUCUUAUGACUGUUCAGGUGACAAAGUUCAGAUGCGGAGGUUUUACUUUGGGGCUUUGCAUGAACCACUGCAUGAAAGAUGGACUAUGUGCCAUGGAGUUUGUGAAUGCAUGGAGUGAGACAGCUCGAGGUUUAGACUUAAAGAUCCCACCAUUUCUUGAUCGAACUAUAAUCAAAGCACGUGAUCCUCCCAAAGUAGAGUUCAAACACAACGAAUUUGCCGAAAUAGAGGAUGUGUCAAACACUAGAAAGCUUUAUGAGGAAGAAAACAUGCUCUACAGAUCCUUCUUCUUCGAUCCUGAGAAGCUCGAUCUACUUAAGAAAAAGGUCACAGAAGACGGUAUUUUGAGCAAGUGCUCAACUUUUGAAGCGCUCUCAGCGUUUGUGUGGAGAGCUCGAACUGCAGCAUUAAGGAUGCAACCUGAGCAACAAACAAAGCUUCUCUUUGCAGUUGAUGGAAGGUCAAGAUUCGUUCCCCCAAUACCAAAGGGGUACUUUGGAAAUGGUAUUGUGUUGACAAAUUCGUUGUGUGAGGCUGGGGAGUUAUUGAGGAACCCUUUGUCAUAUUCCGUGGGAUUGAUUCGCAAGGCAAUUGACAUGGUCACUGAUAGUUACAUGAGAUCUGCCAUUGACUAUUUUGAAGUCACAAGAGCUAGGCCAUCUCUUACAGCCACCCUUUUGAUCACAACUUGGACUAAGUUGUCUUUCCACACCACAGAUUUUGGCUGGGGAGAACCUCUAUGUUCUGGUCCUGUGACUCUGCCAGAGAAAGAAGUCAUUUUGUUUUUAUCACAUGGUCAAGAAAGGAAAAACGUAAAUGUUCUUCUGGGUUUGCCCAAGUCUGCCAUGGAAAUUUUUGAAGAUUUGUUGAUGCAAGUGUGAGCAUGUAGUAGGGUGGCAUAGGUUUUCUCGGGUGAAAAAAGGACCCUAAUAAAUAAAUCUGGCUAGUAAGUAUGCAUGUGCUCAAAUUUGUAAUAAAGACAUUUGUGUGUACACCCACAAAUUUUCUUAAAAUGAAGUUGGAACUGUAUUAUUGAAUCAAUCAUAUAUGUACCCAAAUAU